AUGGAAACGCAUCGGAGCUCGCUGUUCGAGGAUUUGUCCAAACUUCAGGCAACCGUACAAGAAGAGGAGGAUGUCGAGGGAGAGGCUGAGCCAGUUGUUAGACGACAAGCAGCUCCCACCGAAGGGUUUGCAGAUCUAUAUCUCGACACGAUAAACCGGAGUGUACUCGACUUUGACUUUGAGAAGCUGUGUUCCGUGUCUCUGUCGAAUAUCAACGUCUAUGCUUGCCUAGUCUGUGGGAGAUACUACCAAGGACGAGGUCCGAAAUCACACGCUUACUUCCACGCUCUGGAGGUAGGACAUCAUGUCUACAUCAACAUGGCGACACAGAAGGUGUACGUUUUGCCGGAAGGCUACGAAGUCACCUCCAAAAGUUUAGACGACAUAAAAUUCGUCUCCGAUCCUACCUACACCAAGGAACAGGUCAUGACUUUAGACAAGGAAGCAAAGACGGCAUGGAGUCUGAGUGGGAAAGAAUACACGCCGGGCUUCGUGGGGAUGAACAACAUCAAAGCAAACGAUUACUUCAACGUCGUCGUACAAGCACUCUCCCACGUCCCACCUCUCCGAAAUUACUUCAUGCUAGAAUCCUUCUCCUCGUCCCCGGAACUCGCGAAAAGAUUAUCCAUCCUCGUCCGCAAGAUCUGGAACCCCCGCGCCUUCAAAACACACGUCUCUCCACACGAACUCCUGCAAGAAAUCUCCCUUAAAUCAAACAAGAAGUUCACCCUAACCGCACAAUCCGACCCGGUCGAUUUCCUCUCCUGGUUCCUGAACAAUCUACAUUUGGCGCUUGGGGGAAGCAAGACCAAACCAGGAAGCAGCAUGAUCCAGCGCGUCUUCCAGGGAAAGCUGAAGGUCGAGUCACAGGCUAUAACUGCGAAGGCAGACGCCGGCGAUAGGUUGCGCUUCGAAGAAGCAGCCGAGGUGAAAGUCGACGUAAAUCGCUUCAUGCUGCUCACACUCGACCUGCCCGCAGCACCGCUGUUUCAAGAUGAGUUGGAACGGAACAUCAUCCCUCAAAUCCCGCUCACCAGCAUCCUGUCAAAAUACGACGGCUUAAAAGCACAGGAACAUCUUAAUCAACGGAAACGGUAUAGGUUAUUGCAUCCACUUCCUCCGUACUUGCUCUUCCAUAUCAAGCGCUUCAGCAAGAAUAAAUUCGUCGAGGAGCGGAACCCUACAAUCGUUACCUUUGACGCACGGAAUUUGGACUUGUCUCCGUACGUGGAGCCGAACCCUUCUUUGCACCCACCAGGGGAGCCGAUCUGGUAUGAUCUCGUGGCGAAUAUUGUGCAUGAGGCGGUAAGAGGGAGAGAGGACUCAGUGGAGGGCGAGGCGGAACGGCAUGUGUGGAAGUGUCAGGUGCAGGAUAAGGGGAGGGAGGAGUGGGUUCAGAUCCAGGAUCUGUUUGUGGAGAAGACGCAGAAGGAGUUGCUUUAUCUUGGGGAGAGUUAUUUGCAGGUUUGGGAGAGGAGGAGGGAGGGGAAGCGGAAAGCAGCUAGAUGA